AUGGCGAGCCUCUCCCGGACCGUCUUCAUCGACUUCUGCCUCAAAGCGUGCAACAAUGUUUGGGCGGAGUCUGACGCCACUGAGAUUAUUGAAGCAUUUACGGGAGAAGAAUCUUGGCUGGGAGAGUCAUCGGCUGUUUUUGCACAUUGCAUAUAUAGACUUGGCGAUACUUACUGCUUAGCCCGUACUCCUCAGCUGAGGAUCGACUGCGACAACAACAUGAGGACGGUGAUGAUGAUCAGGAUGAAGGCGAGCUCCGAGAAGGGCCAACACUCCAAGGCCAUGAAGAUCGCAGCCGCAAUCGAUGGCGUGGAGUCGGUGACGGUGUCGGGGGAGGGCCGGAGCCUGCUGCGGGUGGUCGGCGAAGGCGUCGACUCCAACGACCUCAUCAGCAAGCUGCGCCGGAAGGUGGGACACGCCGACAUCGUCGAGCUGCACACCCUGCAGGCGGGCCGCGGCUACGCGAGCAGCAGCGCCAACGGCGGCGGCGGCGGCUACCACUCGGUGCACGACGGCGCGCGCAGUGACUCUGCCGCCUACGGCCAGUACAGUAAUUACCAGGGGCCCAGCUACUCGCCGGUGGCGGCUGAUCCGUACUAUUACCGCCACCAGCAGCCGUCGUACGAGUACUACUCUCCGCCGCCGUACCCCGCCACCGUCGUGCUCCAGGAGUACCCGACCGGCGAGGCACCCGGCUGCUCCAUCAUGUAG